AUGGCGGCGAUCAUCGGAAAAGUGGAUGAGUUUGACGAAGGAAAGGAAACAUUCACGUGCUAUUUGGAAAGGUUGGACCAGUUCUUCAUUGCCAACGACAUCAAGGAUGCAAAAGCAGUGAGUGUUUUUCUUACGGUCAUAGGGCCGAAAUCGUACUCGCUGUUAAAGUCAAUGGUAUCACCAGACAAAGUGAGUGAUAAAUCACUGGAAGAACUGAAAACUUUGCUAAAGAAUCACUACUCACCACAACCUUUGACAAUCGCAGAGCGCUUCAAAUUCCACAAAAGAGACCAGAAACCAGGGGAAUCUGUGAAUGAAUAUGUGGUCGAACUGAAGCGUCUGGCAACCACCUGCAAGUUUGGAAACUUCCUGAAGGAUGCCUUAAGAGAUCGACUAGUGUGUGGGUUGAUCAACACCACAUGUCAGAAGAAGCUGUUAACCGAGAAAGAGCUGUCUUUUGACAAGGCACUGCAGCUGGCGGUAGCAUUUGAGAUGGCAAAUAAGCAAGCUCAGGAACUACAUAUACAACCAAGAGCCAGUCUGGAGGUGAAAAAGAUGACUGCCAAGCAAGUCUUCACUCCAAAGAGGAAGCCAGCACCCACUGCAAUAAGUGGUGGGCCUAAAUCGGCACAGAACCAACCAGGAAGUGGGAACUGCUACCGAUGCACAGGUCAACAUUCGCCAAGGGAAUGUCCCUUCAAAGGAGCAACAUGCUAUUGUUGUAAUAAAGUUGGGCACAUCUCCAAGGCAUGCAGAAAGAAACGGUACCAGAAUCAGACACCAAAGGAUGGCAAGUCUUCGAAGUCGGUGAAACACGUGGCCGCAGACGCGGACAGUGAUGAAUCAGGCGACUUUCUGGUUUACACGAUAAGUUCAGUGAGCUCACCAGCAAAGGGCAUCGCUGUGACUGUUGACCUAGCAGGAUCUUCAGUAGAGAUGGAGCUGGAUACCAGGGCAGCUGUAUCCAUCAUAUCAGAUAAGACCUACCAGCAGCAGUUUUCAAGCUGGACAUUGGAACCGUCGUCCGUGAAACUGAAAACUUAUGGAGGAGAAUCCAUAGAAGUGCGGGGAAAACUCACUCUGCCAGUAACGUACGAGCGUCAGACACAGACACUGCCACUAUACGUAGUGGCGGGAGACAAGCCAGCCUUAUUCGGUCGGAACUGGUUGGACAAAAUCAAGGUGAACUGGCCUCAGAUCUUCAGAGUACAAGACACAAGCGGAGCAGCCAAGGACUCUCCUCAUGUCAGUCAACCAGCCAAGGACAUGGCAGGACUGAAAGAACAGUAUAAAACGGUAUUUAGUGAGAAGGGGGGCCCAAUCACUGAGUUCAAGGCGCACAUACAUAUGAUUGAUAAUGCUAAACCGGUGUUUUGCAAGGCGCGUCCGGUACCGUAUGCUCUGAAAGAAAAACUAGAAAAAGAGUUAAAAAGGAUGCAAGAUGAAGGCAUCAUAAGUAAGGUAGAACGCAGUGAAUGGGCCUCGCCUAUUGUACCAGUACCUAAGCCUGAUGGUAGUUUGCGAUUGUGUUGUGAUUAUAAGGUGUCAAUCAAUAAGUUGUUAGAUGACACACAGUAUUCCUUGCCAAACGCAGAGGACCUAUUUGCGACACUAGAAGGGGGAAAGAUUUUCACAAAAAUCGACCUCGCACAAGCAUACCUACAGCUCGAGUUGGAUGCAGAGUCCAAAAAGUUCCUGGCCAUAAAUACUCACCUUGGGCUGUUUCAGUUCAAUAGGUUACCGUUUGGGGUAUCAUCAGCACCCGGGAUAUUUCAGGGUGUGAUGGAUCAGAUUUUGCAGGGGAUUGAGGGAGUUGUCUGUUAUCUAGAUGAUAUCCUCAUCUCUGCACCCUCUGAACAAAAGCAUAGUGAAAUACUUGAUGAGGUCCUGAAGCGUUUGGAGAGGUAUAAUGUGCGGGUAAAAAGCCAAAAGUGUGAGUGGCAUAAACCGUCAGUAGAGUACCUAGGGCAUGUAGUUGAUGCUGAGGGCAUCCACCCAACUGUGGAGAAGUUGGAAGCGAUCAAGCAGGCUCCCAGCCCCACAAACAUCGCUGAGCUCCGGUCCUAUUUGGGACUACUGAAUUACUAUGGAAAAUUCAUUCCAAAUGUUUCAACACUGUUGCACCCUUUGAAUGAGCUCUUGCGAAAAGAUGUGAAGUGGAAAUGGACUGCUGCCUGUGAAACCGCUUUCCAGCAAACUGCUUUUGACAGUGUUAACCGUUGCCGACUCCUUCAGAAGAUCAUGGACAUGACAGCAGACCUGACCCUUACCCAGUUUAUUGGUGUUCUACUGAAGAACCAUCGUUUCUUUGUAGGAACGGUCCCCCAAGGGAAGACGUUGACCGAUGCUCUUGACCAGUCACAGCAUUGCUACACUGUGAGUCACCUGAAAGCGAACAACCCUGCUAUUAAGACCCAAGUGUGUGCCUCCUGGGCUGACCAGGCUGGUGGCGUCUCCCCCACUACAUGA